AUGAGUGAUACUAUAAAAGAGGUAAAUGAUGAUCUAAUUAUUAGAUAUGUCAAUAAAGAUGACAAAGAAGAUUGGGUUAGAUUAUGGGAAGGUUUCCAAACACAUUAUGAGAACAAAGCACCAAAAGGUAUCGAAGAAAUAACCUUCCCCAAAUUUCUAGAUCCCAAUAUCAAAAUGUGGUCUGCUUUAGCCAUUAAUGUAAAGAAAAAUAAAGCUGUUGGUAUGGUUAAUUUUUUAAGUCAUCACUCUACUUGGGAUGUGACGGAAGUCAUAUAUUUAAAUGAUCUAUAUGUAGAUGAAAAUGAAAGAGUAAAGGGGAUUGGUAGAAGGUUGAUUGAGUUUGUUUAUAAAGAAGCAGACAGAAUGGGGACUCCAUCAGUUUAUUGGACUACUGAUCAUUUCAACCACCGUGCCCAAUUAUUAUAUACUAAAGUUAGUAAAUUAAGUUCUAAACGUAUUUACAAAAGAUCUCUAUCUCAAUGA